GGAUCUCUCCAUUGUUCUUUGCUGUGGGAUCUUCUCUCUGUCCAAAGUGUGGGAGUAGCUCCGAGAUGGUUGCAGGACAAUAGUUGUCUCCUGCUGGCUGCUGGUGCCGAGGCUCUCUCGUUCAAUAUGUGUGCUCGCUUCUGGUGCAGAGGUAAACAGGUAAGAAGAUGAAGAAGAACCCCUAGAGGAUAAAAAGCGAGCCUCAGGAUAUUAAUCAAGUUACAAAAGGAGCGAAGUGAAGAGCUACACGUCUGUGCUAACUCUUUGCUCCUUCUCCCCUUAGUCAGGGAAAAAAAAUGGGUGAGAGAGAUGAUGGAUUGGGGCUAAGUUUGAGCUUGAGUUUAGGUUAUAAUCAAAAGGAGCCGUCUUCGAGGUCAAAUCCAAUGCCUUUGGCAUCUUCUUAUUCAUCUUCACCACACAUGCAUAUGCAUAUGCAGCAGCAGCAGAGCAAUAAUUAUAGCCAUCCCCAAAAGAUUCAGAACAGUUGGAUUAACAUGUUUCAAUCUUCAGAGAGAAACUCCGACAUGAGAUCGUUUCUCAGGGGAAUCGACGUGAACAGAGCUCCAUCGACUGUGGUGGUUGACGUGGAGGAUGACGCCGCCGGAGUAUCGUCUCCGAACAGCGCCGUCUCAAGCGUGAUGAGCGGGAAGAGGAGCGAGCGGGAGCUAAUAGCUGCUGCAGCUGCAGCUGGAGGAGGUAGUAGAGUAGAUGACAACGAGAUGGAGAGAGCUUCUUGCUCGCUCGGAGGUGGAAGCGACGAUGAAGACGGUAGUGGGAACGGAGACGACGGUUCCAGGAAGAAACUCCGUUUGUCUAAAGAACAAGCUUUGGUUCUUGAAGAGACUUUUAAAGAACAUAGCACACUCAAUCCGAAGCAAAAGAUGGCAUUGGCUAAGCAGUUGAAUCUAAGGACGAGGCAAGUGGAAGUGUGGUUCCAAAACCGAAGGGCAAGGACGAAGCUGAAGCAAACGGAAGUAGACUGUGAAUAUCUGAAGAGAUGUUGCGAGAAUCUAACGGAGGAGAAUCGAAGAUUGCAAAAGGAAGUAAGUGAGCUAAGGGCUUUAAAGCUUUCGCCACAUUUGUACAUGCACAUGAAACCUCCCACUACGCUAACAAUGUGCCCUUCUUGCGAACGAGUCGCUGUUACGUCAUCACCCUCAUCGGUGGCUCCUCCUGUGAUGACGUCUUCGUCUCCGAUGGGGCCAAUGAGUCCGUGGGCUGCUAUUCCUCACCGACAAAGACCUGCUGCUGGUUCUCAUUAGAGAAUUUGUCUCUUUAUUUUUUAAUAGUAGUAGAAUUUAAUUAGUCUAAAGAUAAUAUAGGUUUUGGUGAUUUGUUUUUCUAUUAUAAAGUCAAACGAUCUUUGGAAGUUUUUUUUCAAGAGUUGUUGGUCCAUGCUUUUUCUUUCCUUGGUUUUAUUCAGUUUGGUUUUUGAAGCUGAAUUACGGUAUUAUUGUCUAAUGAUUAACAACAGACUUAUAUAGUUUGGAGAAAGGCUUAUGUUUGUCUUAAUAUAGUUGUAAUUGUUUAA